UCAUAUUGUCAACAAACAACACAUCGCUGGCAAACACAGUCAACCACUGCAAUUCAUUGGUGCGGGGUGCGGAAAAACGCCCACACAAAACAUCGGGGCAGUGAAAAUGGCCAACAUUUCCAUGCAGGACAUCGAGGCGGUCGACGACUACUGGGGGCCAACGUUUCGCACCAUCCUCGAGGGCAACUCGCAGGACCAAAUCUCCGAGCAGCUGGAGUCGCGCAUCCGCUCCCACGACAAAGACAUCGAGCGUAUCUGCAACCUGUACUAUCAGGGCUUUAUCGAUUCGAUCCGCGAGCUGCUGCUGGUGAAAUCGCAAGCCCAGGGCCUAAACCAGGAGGUGCUCGGGCUGAACGAUGGCCUUGGCAAAGCGUCCGCCGGCGUAAUUGCGAAGGGCAACGAGUUGGUGAAGGCACGCAAGGUCGAGGGCAACAUAGCGGGUGCGAUCGAGGGCCUGUCGAGCUGUCUGCCGGUGCUGGAGUGUUACAGCAAGCUGCUGAAGCAGGUGCGCGAGAAGCGCUACUAUCCGGCGCUGAAAACGCUCGAGGUGCUCGAGAGCGAGUAUCUGCCGAAGGUGGCGGGGUACCGCUUUUCGCAGCAGAUGCGCGACACCAUACCGAAGCUGAAGGAAAACAUCAAGAAGUCGUCGGAGGAAGAUUUCCGCGAGUUUCUGGAGAAUAUACGCAAAUUUUCGCCCAAAAUCGGCGAGAUUGCAAUGAAACACACGAAGGAGCUGCAGAAGCGCGACCUGGAAACGAUCAUCGCGGAGUACAAGGCGCUGCAGGCGGAGCAGGGUGGAUUCCCGGCCGGGUCGGGGGACUUUGGGGACGACGAUGAGGACGUGAGUGCGCAGGAUUUGAUCGACUUUUCGCCCAUCUAUCGCUGUCUGCACAUCUACACGGUGCUGAACGAUAAGGAGUACUUCGAGAAGGACUACCGGCAGCAGCGGCGGGAUCAGGCGAAGCUGGUGCUGCAGGCGCCCCAAACCAUGCAUGACAAUCUGGAGGCGUACAAAACGUACAUCUACUCGAUCGUGGGCUUCUUUGUGGUGGAGGAUCACGUGAUGAAUACGGGCGGCGACAUCGUGACACAAACGUACCUGGACGAUCUGUGGUCGUCGUCGUUGUCGCGUGCGGUGAACGUGCUGAGCAUGUCGUCGUCGUCCUGCACCGAUCCGAACGUGCUGCUGCGCAUCAAAAACCUGAUUAUGCUGAGCAUUACGACGCUCAAGAACUACGGCUACACGGUGACGCAGCUGUGGGAUCUGCUGCUCGAGAUGCGCGACCACUACAACGAGGUGUUGCUGCAGCGCUGGGUGAACGAGUUCCGCGACAUACUGGACCGGAGCGACUUUCUGCCUCUGGAGGCGCACAGCCAGGAGGAGUACGAUGCGGUGCUGGAGCGGUUCCCGUUCCACUCGGAGCAGCUGGAGGCGCAACCGUUCCCGAAAAAGUUCCCCUUCUCGCGCAUGGUCCCGGAGGUGUACCAUCAGGCGAUGGAGUUUAUGUACGCGUGCAUGAAAUUCUCCGAAGAGCUGACGCUGUCACCGAACGAAAUCGCGGCGAUGGUGCGCAAGGCGGCCAAUUUGCUGCUGACGCGCAGCUUUAGCGGGUGUCUGUCGGCGGUUUUCCGCAGUCCCAGUCUGGCGUUGAUGCAGGUCAUUCAGAUCAUCAUUGACACGCAGUAUCUGGAGAAGGCGGGUCCGUUCCUGGAUUCGUUCGUGUGCAAAAUGACGGGCACGGUGCAGAGCGUUACGCAGACACCGUCGGCCAUGUUCCACGUGGCCCGGUCGGAGGCGGAGCAGCAGGUAUCGACCAAGCUGUGCUGCAAGCUGGACGAGUUCUUCGAGGAGCUGGAAAACUAUGACUGGGUGCUGCCGGAAUCGUACGGCCACGCGUCACCGUUCGUGACGGAUAUGGUGGCGUUCCUGCAGAGCACCUUCCAAAGCUUCUCGUACAUCCUGCCCGGGGUGGCGCAGGCCGCGUGCAAGAAGGCGUGCGAGCACAUUGCCACCACCAUCUCGAAGCUGAUCCUGUCCGAGGAUAUACGGCAAAUUUCGGGCGGUGCGCUCGACCAGAUCAAUCUCGAUCUGAUGCAGUUCGAGCUGUUCGCGUCGUCCGAUCCGGUGCCGGGGUUGCGCGAGGGCGAUCUGUCCAAGUACUUUGCGGAGAUCAGGCAGCUGCUCGAUCUGCUCAUCUCGGAGGAUUGGAGUGCGUAUUUGCACGAUUUUGGGAAGGAUGAGAACCGGUACUCGCUGGUGCAUCCGUCCACGAUCAUUGUGGUGCUGGAGAAGCUGCGCGAGGCGGACAAGAAGUCGAUGCUGUCGCUGAUGAAGUCCAAAUCAGAGCGGGACAAGAAGAAGCUGCUGGAGACGGUGCUGCGGCAGCUGAAGCAGCUGGCGGAACGGCAGAGCUAAGAUUGUGGAGCGAGUAAAUGCAUUCGAUGCUCUAACGAACAAAUAUUUGCUAAAUUGUACUGAAAUACUGAUAUGUUAUAAUUAAUAAAGCGUUAAGUUCUUUAAUCCACAA